UUUAUCCAGUUUAUGUAGGUCACUUAAAAACUCUGGAAUAGCCUGAGAAAAGAUUUAAAUAUCCUGUUGACUAAAUUAAUACUGGUCUUGUCUAUUUUCAAAACCUGAGCAAGGAAGAAGGAAGAGAGUGCAUUGAAUGUUGACGGAAGAGGGAGGGGUUGAUUUUUUUUGUUUUAGCUCAGUGACUCAAACCCUUGGCAUUGUUAAUGGGCCCUUUGUUGUUCCCCCUUGUAUUUACCUCUCAUAGCUCCUGCUCUUGAAAAUGCCUGCCCAGCCAUUCCAGUCUUCAGCAAGCUAUGGAUUUAGACAAUCUACUCCCUGAUGUAGGUGAAUAUGGAACUUAUCAAAAAAGGCUUCUGUGGUUUGUUUUGUUACCGUGUGUGCUACCAUGUGGUUUUCAUGCCUACAACCAGCUCUUCAUGGCUGCCUCCCCUCAACACUGGUGCUAUGUGCCUGAAUUGAAACAUCUUGAUAUCAAGGAAGCAAAACAAUUAAGUAUCCCAGAAAGCAAUAAUGGAAAACUCAGCCAGUGCCUCAUGUACGAUAGGAACUACACUGCCAUUGCAUCCUUUCCUAAUGAGUCAGUGCCUCUGGGGAAAGCAGUGCCGUGCAAGUAUGGUUGGACUUUCGAUCAUUCAGAAUACAAAGAGACAAUUGUCACAGAGUGGAAUUUGGUGUGCAAUAAAGACUUUUACCCAACUGGUGCCUUAGUUUUGUUGGCCAUAGGAGGACUAAUAGGAAACUAUAUUUUUGGAUACAUCCAAGAUGGUCUUGGAAGGAAGCCUGCUUUUUUUAUCUACCUCUUCAUUGAAACAGUUUUUGGGAUCGGAACGGCUUUCAUGAACUCUUUUUGGUCAUGGGUGCUGUUUCGCUUUGGCGUUGGAUUCACUGUUCCUGCCAUUUUAGCCACUCCUUACGUACUAAGUAUCGAGUUGGUGGGACCAGAAUAUCGAACAACUGUUACCAUUUUAAUCAACAUUGCGUACUCAAUCGCGCUAACUCUUUUAGCAUGCAUAGUUUACUUAGUCCGAGACUGGAGACUCCUGGCCUUGUAUACGUCUGUUCCAUUUGCUUUUUUCUUCUUUUAUCUGAGAGACAUGCCAGAAUCUCCAAGAUGGCUCCUUGCCAGAGGGUCUUAUGCAAAGGCUGAAAAAAUUCUCAACAAAAUGGCAAAGGUUAACAAUAAACCUAUUCCCCCUGAUUGGUUUUCGAGGAAAAAGGGGGAGUGUGAUAAAGUCAUCCAUGAUGUUGAGGACAAGAAACAUUACGGAGUGACAGAUCUUUUUCGAACCCCAAAUUUAAGGAAGAAAACUUUAAUCAUCACAUUUAUCUGGUUCACCAACACAAGCGUAUACGUUGGGCUUUCUUACUAUGCACCAUUACUUGGAGGAAAUGAGUUCCUGAAUUUUUUCUUGGCUGGAGCUGUGGAACUGCCAACAUAUUUGAUCUUAUGGCCUGCCAUGGAACACUGGGGCCGAAGAUGUGCUCUCUCCAGCAGUAUGAUAUUCGGAGGAUUGUCUUGCGUGUUAACCAUAUUCAACCAAGAAAAUGAAUUUGGUACGUGGUUAGGUUUAGUGUUGUAUUGCUGUGGCAAAAUGGGAAUAUCAUGUUCCUACGUCGUUUUACCUCUUUUUGCUUCCGAGCUGUAUCCGACCGUUGUCCGAGGCCUUGGAAUGUCAACUAGUGCUGUUGUAGGCAUGCUAGGACCUAUUUUCAUCCCUCUCUUAAAUUAUAUGGGAGGAGAACUACCCCUGUUGGUCAUGGGAGUCUUGCUUUUGUUGGGCGGAAUAGCUACUCUUUUUCUACCAGAGACCCAUCAUCUCCAUCUUCCUCAAACUAUUGAGGACGCAGAAAAUUUUGGAAACUCCAAAAGCAAAACAUCUACAUCAACUAAGUGGAAUUCAGGUAGUUGCUCAAAUCAGAAUGACACAGUAAGCUGAAAAAAGCAUGUUGAAAUUUUGUGUUUCACGAGAUGUAAAUUUAAUGUUUAAUUACAGUUUUCCCCAAAAAUUC